CGCCCCUCACGGCGUGGCGAGUCCUGACGCUUUUCCACGUCGCAGCUCUGCCUCAUAGGCGAACCAGCUGCGUGUGUAUGCGUGUCUCCAGCUAGGCCAGAGAGUGAUGGCGGCGCCCGUCUUGAGAGUGUCCACCCCUCGGUGGGAAAGAAUAGCCCGGCUCCUCGUCUGCCUGCUGGGCAUACUCCUUUCUCUGUAUGCGUUUCACGUCGAGAGGGAAAAGGCCCGGGACCCGACUUACGAGGCCAUGUGCGACGUCAGCACCUCCAUCAGCUGCUCGAAAGUGUUCAGCUCCAGGUGGGGUCGAGGAUUUGGACUCCUGGGCUCAAUUUUUGGGAACGAUAGUGCGCUGAACCAACCCAACAGUGUCUACGGGAUACUCUUUUAUGCCUUUCAGCUCUUAUUAGGAAUGACCGUCAGCGCAAUGGCCGCCCUUUUCCUCAUGACGACGUCCAUCUUGUCGGUGGUGGGUUCGCUUUACCUGGGCUACAUCCUCUACUUUGUCCUAAAGGACUUCUGCGUCAUCUGCAUCACCACAUACGCGCUGAACUUCAUUCUGUUUAUCCUCAACUACAAGCGACUGGUUUACUUGAAUGAAGCCUGGAAGCAGCAGCUUCAGGUCAAACAGGACUGAGCUUCCGAGAGGGGGCACGACUUCAAAGUCAAAAAGAAAAAAGAAAAGCAACCUGAUAACAAAAUAUUAAAUAAAAAAAGAAAAAGUAACGCAACCUCUGAACAUUUGACUUGCCACCAGGAGACCUUGCUUCCAAACAAUGUUUAUUCUGCUGUGUGUUAGAAAAAAAUGAAGAAAUUUAACUUAAAUGUUGGGCCUGACAUCUCAAUAUUGAUUGCAAAAUCUGAAGGAUUUGUAAGUGAAAGAUGGCUUUUGUUCCAUUUGAUCUCCCUUCCUCCCCUCCAUUUAACCUCUCACUUAUGGGCCCAGCUGCCUGGGUGUGUGGGUGUGGGCGGAAAACACAACGCUGCUGAGGUGGAAGUACCCGCACAGGACGCACCUAUAGGACAGCUCUGCUCUGAACAAAAAAACGGAUCGCAGACUGGAAGAAGAGGAGGAGACGGAACAUUAAACAGUGAAAUUGACAGAUCAUCUGUACUCAGAGCUGAGCAAAAGUCCCCAAGUCAAAACAAAACGCCCAUUUGGUUACCGUGUAAGUCUGCAGAUAAGGUUUUUACAGCAGGUUGAGAAGAGGACGAUGCAACAAUUACCAUUUAUAAAGGAUGAUUUGUUUUUUUUUUUUCUUCCAUGUUUACACUUUGUAGUACAUUUUUUGUUUUGAUUUUUUUUGAUGAGGACCACUAAAUAAAACAUGGGACAAUGUGAGAUACUGUGUGUAGAUCAGUCAGAUGUUUUUUUUUUCUUUUUUUUUCUCAAUUCUGUACAUAGCUGCUGAGCAAUACACCGGGCUAGAUCGUGGCAUAAAUGACACAAAACCCUGACCAACAAAGCUUAAACGGUAAGAAGAUGACAGGAGAUCUGUAAGGUUGCGUCCGGGUGGAUGAGUCUGAGGAUGUGCUCGGGACGUCUUCCUGCUCCGUAACAGCCUGGUCGGGCUUGCCGUUCAGAAGGCUCUUUGUUUUAGAAGUGAAAGUAAUUACAUCAGAAACAGAUCUGCAGGUUCGUCACUCUUUGCUCAAAAGCACCCUCACUCUUAUUUUCGUCGUGUGUAAAGCAUUCCUGACCACCACACAAGUGGGAUUCUUUGAGACUUAUGUGCCUAAAGGAGUGUUAAUGUGAAUUACCUUUUUUGUUUUUUUAAAAUAUUUUAGUUUUGGGGAUAAUCCGGAGGGAGUUGAUGUCGACACCAAUUUUUCCUCAUUGUUUUAUCGUCACGGGACAUUUUGUUGUUGUAAAUGAAGAGCAUUGGCAUGGGCUCGUGUGGGACUCUCCCGGUAAAACUACAGUAUCACAAAUUUCAGUGUUUAUGAAGCAGAAUAUGAUCCCUUUUUUGCAGUUCUGUUUUUUUUUAUAGAGUAACAAUGCUACUAAACAAGCUGGUGCUAGCUGGGGAAUCAGUCAGCCUAUCUGCAGUUAGCUUCCAAACAGAAAUGCCACUUGUAGUUUGCCAACUCGUAAGGAAUAAGCAGUGUUAAGCAGUAGUUUAUGGACAGAGCUACUUUAGUGCACUUCUUUCAGCCUGCUGGCUGGCGGUGUGUAGCAACAUUUGUGAACAUCCAAGGAAAACUGGUCAACUAAACACUUUCUUUGGUUUGAGUUGAGGUAGGCUAGCAUUAGCUGGUUAGUCAGGCUACCUGCUCAGGCAGCUCACCAAUUUCUCCUUUGAAUAAGUUCCAAACGACCCAAUUUGUCUUUUUAACCCUCCAUGCAACGCUCAGGAGGAGUAUUCCAGAUGUCAUAGUUGGACAGCGGGCAAGUGGGGGGUCCCGUCAGACCAUCAGUUCCCGAAACCACACGCACACAAAACUGGUAAAAACACACCCGGCGGUAUAAAAGAUAAUUGGACCCAGUCUCUUAAGACCGUGUUAGGGUUAAGGUAGCUGACUGGCUUUGAUCAGCAGCACGUGUGGGAGGGGAAGCGUUGCAUUCUUUCUACGCUCCAUGGAGUCAAAGACAAAGAAUAGUUUUGUCUUUCUUUCUUUGGCAUCUCGUUAAAAUCAUCUGAAUCAGGAACACUAUAACAAGAAAUUUUAUUUUCUGUGUGUGGUGUUUUGUUUUUAAACCUUUGAUCCCGGUAACCGGUCCAUGCCAGGAAGAUGCCGCCGAAGUGUUUGUCCCUCUUGUCGUCUCACGAGGUAGCAAUAGGCUGCUAUACUGUGACCAUCUGUGCAUGGUCACAGUGGCCCACUGGCAGAGGCGUCUUUAGCCUCCCGGGUACACUAAAAUUGCCUGGCUUUCGGUUGCCUGGUUCGGUUGGCAUACGGUUGGUGGGGUGUUGGUUGAACGGUCCCAUGAAAAACAAAAACUAGUGCACUGUUGAUGUGAACUGCACAUGUGAACCAAGGAGUUAGAUUUACUAAAGAACUAAAUGUUGCGUUUAAGCCAUAUGUGGAUUUUGUGUUGUUUUUUUUUUUGUUCUGAUAGGACAACCAAGUCCCUCACUGUUGUUUUAAAUUGCACCAAGUUUUAGAUCUAACAGUCAGGUGAAAGCAGAACUAGACUGCUCUACGGAGAAAGCAGAUGUAGCUUCUAGAGAUUCAUUUUUCUUCCAUCCAGAGGUCAUCGUUUUUUCUUUUCUUUGUCCUUCACAUGGCCAUAACACAGUCUUACACUUUCAAAGAUCUGUAACAGUCACUGUAAUAAAUGUAAUGGUGUGAUUCAUCUGUGGUAAUAAACCAUCUCGCCUAUGGUUCCCUUAGUACGAUUUGCAUCCUUCCUGUUGUAAAUGAAGGGAGUGUUGAGGUGCUAAUUAAUGUCUAGCUGUGCUUUCAGUGACGUGCUUCUCGAGACGAAUUGUGAAACCAUUGGAAGUAAUGAAUCUAUCCUGGCAUAUUGUAACCUGUGUCACUGCUUGUUUCAGUUGACCAUUUUCCGAGGCCAACAACGUGUUUUAGCCCGAAUUAUUUUCCCCCCUUUACAUUCCAGGCACACAUUCUUUUCUCUGCAGACCAUAAUUACUUAUUACUUAUUACUUUUUUACUUAUGAAAAAGGCAUGGGCUGCUCUGGAUUUCUCAUGGUAUAAGCUGAUGGAAAAAAAGGCCACAAUAUCAGUACAAGAUUUUCACAAUGUGUAACAAUUUUAAACAGAAAAGCAAUGAUUAUUAUUAGUUUUAAUAUAAUUUAAUCAGUUGUCUUGUGCUGUUUUGACAAGUAUGGAAGGAUUUUUAUUUUUUCUCCAAGUAAGGAUGAAUAUUUAAGUAUUUAAUGUUGAGAAUUUCUGGAUUUUAUUGCUUAUUCCAUUUUAAAGUUAUUAGAAAUUCUGGAAAAAUAAAGUUACAUGGAUUUACUUUUUGUAUGACAUCGGGUUUGUGACAAUUUGAGGAUUUUUUUUCUUUUUCUUAUUGCCAGAUGAAACUCAUUCAAAUAUAAAAAGAGCAAAUUCACCGCAUUUUUUUGGCCUCUGCCAGCUUUUUUAACUAGACCAACAUUUAUGAUUUAAGUUAAUCUUACAAUUGAAAAUGCUUCAUUUUUCCAAGAUUUUUCUGAAAUUACGGUAUUACUAUUCACAAACAGAUUUUAAAAGAUUUCAAUUCAGGAUCCUUCAGUCCAGACUUUUCAGUGUUAUGCAUUUUAAACUGCCUAGAUGCCAUACAAAUAGUGAAACAGCCCUUUACCACACUGCCAAUUCACCGUGUUUCAUGAUCGCUGAGGGGUACAAAAACGGAGCAUAUAAGUGAAUUACAAGGGGAUGACGAUGUAAAAAAUCUGAAAUGUAAAUGUCAUGGGAACUCUGAGUAAUUAUUUCGAUACAAACUCAAGUAAAAAUACUUAAUCAAAUAAAUACAUUGGAAGUAAAACAAGUUAUUAGCUGGCUAGCUCCUCUGCUAGCUAGCCUGACGUUAGCUGCUGAACAGACAUACCACGCCAACUGUUUUAAAGUCUUUAAGAAGAAUUGUUAGUUUCUACAUGAGUGCUUGUGUUAUUUUGCAACUGGAAACUGUUUCAAACUGACAAAUUGUUUUUUUUAUCUUCUUCUCUUUUCGUUCUUAUCUAGCACAGCUGGUUAAGCUAACUAACGGUGCGCCCCAACAGGUGCGGGAGAAACGUUCAAUCUGGCACAUUCUGUGGCAUCACAUUAAACGAUUCUUAAAGUGUAGGAAUGGUGCGACCAUCAAAUUUUAACAUAACGGAAUUGUGCAGUUUUAAACCUGAACAGUGACAACCAGCCCCAGCUAAUGACUAUUUUAUUUUGCAUUGUACCAGUCUGGGUGGGACUCCUUAUGGUCUAUAUGUAGCUUUUUUAAAAUGUCAAUAGGAACCAAUGGCUGCUUAGACAAGAUUCUGUGUUGACAUCAGUUUGGUUUUCAUUGCCCGUUUUGGGAACAUUGUAUGUAAAACCAAUUUCCAUCUUCAUAAGGAAUGAACUUAUAAAGAGUAGCCUAUGGCUUUUUAUUUAUUUUUCUCAACGCAAAACAAACUGACAUUAAUCUGCCAGGCUCUUCCUGGAACUAAAUAUGGGCCUGGUCGUGUUUACGUAGACCAGGCUGUGUGUGUAGGCUUGCAUGAGUGUGUAGUCACUCAUGCAAGCCUACUUACACUAAUUCUUAAACGUGACUUUGAGGAAAACGCAGUUAGGAAUGUUGGGCAUAAAGGAUCACUUUGUCGUUGGAUUAUUUGAUGUGAGAGCGAUCAAUUUUCCAUUCUUAUUAAUAUUAUUUAGGCCUAGAGGUAUAACUGCCAUGUUAGUUGCAUCACUAAUGCCAACAAAAGUGCCUUCUGUUUGAUCACCCGGCCUCGAGCCAAAGACGAGCAACAGUAACAGCCUUGUAAGAAGAAAUGCACCAGGCACGUCUGCUUGCCUUCCUAAGGAUGGAAUCACAGAAAUUGGAAAUUCCCAAAGAUUUAACAUCCAGUAACGUUACAGUGCAGAAAUGUGUUCGCCAAUUACCAGACGGAAGACCCUGUCAAACCCUGUCGUUCAUUGUUUUAUUGUUCCUAAACCCCACCAUGUAAUUCUCCUCUUUUUGUCUAGAUAAGAAUGGUUUGUUUCAAAACAGUACACUGUUCAAAUGAGAUUGUAAUUUUCUUUGAUCAAUUUUGCCCUUUAGCUGUUUAGACUGUUAACACCGAGUUAUUUUAGUAUAUAAAAAACAACCAAAAAAAAAAAAACUAAAGUUGAGAGGCUGGAGGGCUUGGAAUUCAUGUGUCAGUGAAAAUUGUUUAUUAAAAUUCUUUGUGGAGGAAAA